AUGCGUCAAGUGUGUCGCAAUAUCAGGAGAGAAGAUCAGGACGUCAUCGAGAUAAACAAUGCAAGUCUGCCAUUUAAGACCAGCAAGCACGGUAUCCAUCGCUCUUUGAAACGUACUAGGGGCGUUACACAACCCGAAAGAGGAGAAAUGCUUGCAAGUGUCAUUGAAGGAUUUUCUGAUUCAUUCAAUUUUCCUCAGUGUGCGGGAGCCAUUGAUGGUACUCAUAUACCAGUUACACCGCCUGCACUCAACCACACUGAUUAUUACAACAGGAAGGGUUGGUAUUCUGUCAUUCUCCAAGCUGUUGUUGACCACAGGUACGUGUUUCGAGAUAUCAAUGUUGGCUGGCCUGGAAGCGUUCAUGAUGCAAGAGGUUUGGCUAAUUCUUCUCUAUUCAAAGAAGCAGAAAACGGGGUAAUAUUACGAUGGCGGGAAAGAGUAAUUGAAGGAUGCACCAUACCGCUAUUCGUCAUUGGUGAUUCUGCAUAUCCACUGUUAAAGUGGCUGCUUAAGCCGUUUCCUCAAAAUGAAAACCUGAUUGAACGAAGGAAAAAUUUCUAUUAUCGACUCUCAAGAGCCAGGAUAGUUGUUGAAAAUGCUUCGCAUGUUAUUGCUGCUUGUUGUGUUCUCCACAAUAUGUGUGAAAUACACAUGGAGUCGUUUGAUGAUGAUUGGAUGGAAGGGAGUAGUACAGAACUUCGGCAACCAGAAGUACCCCGAACUGCCAGUGACAAUGACAGACCAUCAGAUAUUCGUGAUGCCUUGUUUAGGCACUUUGCAACCUAG